UCUCCCCCAAUUCACUCCUUUUCUUAGGCAUUGGUUAAGGAAGAAAGCCUGUUCUGUGACAGGUGCUGUGGUACACAUUCAUAUGCAUUAUCAAGUUAACGUAAAUCUUUGAAAUGCCUUUUCAAAAUACACAAAAAUCGUGGAUGAGAUUUUAUAAUGGGCUGCAUUAAAAGUAAAGAGAACAAAAGUCCAGCAAUUAAAUAUAGAACAGAAAACACUCCAGAACCUGUCAGUACAAGUGCAAGCCAUUAUGGAGCAGAACACACUGCGGCAACACCAUCAUCUUCUGCAAAGGGAACAUCUGUUAAUUUUAGCAGUCUUUCCAUGACACCAUUUGGAGGAUCCUCGGGGGUGACACCUUUUGGAGGAGCAUCUUCUUCAUUCUCAGUGGUGCCAAGUUCAUAUCCUGCUGGUUUAACAGGUGGUGUUACUAUAUUUGUGGCCUUAUAUGAUUAUGAAGCUCGAACUACAGAAGACCUUUCAUUUAAGAAGGGUGAAAGAUUUCAAAUAAUUAACAAUACGGAAGGAGACUGGUGGGAAGCAAGAUCAAUUGCUACAGGAAAGAAUGGCUAUAUCCCUAGCAAUUACGUAGCCCCUGCAGAUUCCAUUCAGGCAGAAGAAUGGUAUUUUGGCAAAAUGGGGAGAAAAGAUGCUGAAAGAUUACUUCUGAAUCCUGGGAAUCAACGAGGUAUUUUCUUAGUAAGAGAGAGUGAAACUACUAAAGGUGCUUAUUCCCUCUCUAUUCGUGAUUGGGAUGAAGUAAAGGGUGACAAUGUGAAACACUACAAAAUUAGGAAACUUGACAAUGGUGGAUACUAUAUCACAACUAGAGCACAAUUUGAUACCCUGCAGAAAUUGGUUAAACACUACACAGAACAUGCUGAUGGCUUAUGCCAUAAGUUAACAACUGUAUGUCCAACUGUGAAACCCCAGACUCAAGGUCUAGCAAAAGAUGCUUGGGAAAUCCCUCGAGAAUCUUUGCGACUAGAAGUUAAACUAGGACAAGGAUGUUUUGGUGAAGUAUGGAUGGGAACAUGGAAUGGAACCACAAAAGUAGCAAUCAAAACACUAAAACCAGGUACAAUGAUGCCAGAAGCUUUUCUUCAGGAGGCUCAGAUAAUGAAAAAAUUACGACAUGAUAAACUUGUUCCGCUAUAUGCUGUUGUUUCUGAAGAGCCAAUUUACAUUGUUACUGAAUUUAUGUCAAAAGGUAGCUUAUUAGAUUUCCUGAAGGAGGGAGAUGGAAAGUAUUUGAAGCUCCCACAAUUGGUUGAUAUGGCUGCUCAGAUUGCCGAUGGCAUGGCAUAUAUUGAAAGAAUGAACUAUAUUCACCGAGAUCUUCGGGCUGCUAAUAUUCUUGUAGGGGAAAAUCUUGUUUGCAAAAUAGCAGAUUUUGGCUUAGCAAGGUUAAUUGAAGACAAUGAAUAUACCGCAAGACAAGGUGCAAAAUUUCCAAUCAAAUGGACAGCUCCUGAGGCUGCACUAUAUGGUCGAUUUACAAUAAAGUCUGAUGUGUGGUCAUUUGGAAUCCUACAGACAGAAUUGGUAACAAAGGGCAGAGUGCCAUAUCCAGGAAUGGUGAACCGGGAAGUGCUGGAGCAGGUGGAGCGAGGAUAUAGGAUGCCUUGCCCUCAAGGCUGUCCAGAAUCCCUCCAUGAAUUGAUGAAUCUUUGCUGGAAGAAGGACCCUGAUGAAAGACCAACAUUUGAGUAUAUCCAGUCCUUCCUGGAAGACUACUUCACUGCUACCGAGCCACAGUACCAGCCAGGAGAAAAUUUAUAAUCCAAGUAGCCUAUUUUAUAUGUGCAAACCUGCCAGAAUGUAAAGAACUUACGUAGACUUCCUCACUUACAUACAGGAACCAAAAGAAGAAAAUCUUCUUCACCCUGCAUGUUUUCAUGGUAAACUGGAAUUCCAGAUAUGGUUGCACAAAACCACUUUUUUUUGUUCCAAGCGUUAAACUCUGAAGUACCAAUGAUGAAUUUUCCACCUUAUUUCAGGGUCCAAAGAAAGUACAGCUAAAAUAUUGAUGACAGUGUGAGUAAUAGCAUGACAAUGAAAAGCAACAAGGCUACUAUUCAUAAGUCACUUCCUUUUAUUCCCCAAAUUCAGAAUUGUUAAGAGAAAAUUAUUUAUCAUUAUAGACAAAAUGUGGGAGAUAUGAACAGUUAUACCGUAAUAAAAUAAAAAAUCAAGGAACUUCAUGGGACCAAAUGAUUCCAUUCCAUUUUUUAAAUUGCUUGCAUUUAUUAUUCUCAAAAGUUUUUUCUAAGUUGAAGUUAAUAUGCAGUUUUAAUAUAGGCUUCCCUUGCAUGGAAAGGAGCAAGGUUUUUAGAAGCAAAAAGGAAUAUAAACAACAUCUAGAACUUGGUUAAAUGUUAGAUGACAGCAAUGGGAUUUGAAAGUAUAGUGCACUAUGCUAAUAUUCAAACUCAUAGAACUGGAAAGUAGAACUUUCUCACUUUAAUCAUUUUCUGAAAAGCUCAGUUUAGAAUAAUGAAGUUAACUAGGAGGUGAGUUAAUCUUAUGUAAGGUUGCAUUGAUUUUUUUUUUAAGGCAAUAUAUAAUUGAAAUUGUACAAUCCAAGAGGAAAUCCUUUAAUCUUUAGAAUAGCAUGAUAAAAGUCCCAGUAUUUAAAUAGGUAUUGUGAGAUAUUGCUAAAUAUGUACUUUUGGUGAUGGGUGCCGCAAAUGUAAAAUAUCACUAGAUCAGGGACUUGAAUGCACUUUUGCUCUUAUUACAUAUAGACUAACAGAGAGGAAAUGUAUUUAAAAGAAAUAUGAGAAAAGAAAAAUGUGAAAGUUUUACAGAGAGAGGGAUGGAAUGUUUAAUGUUGAUUUAUGGAGUGGCAAAAUGGCUUUGCUGGCACUCAAAGCUUCUCACUUAUCUAUUUUUUGAGAUUUUAAGAGUUAAAGGUAUGACUGUAAGACAAAUCUGACCACAAACACUAAAUGACUGUUAUAGCCUCAAAAAUAACUAGGUUAAGGCUUCCCACUAAUUCCAAUGAUAGUUUUUCUGCAAAACAUUUUUAAAACUCCAGUUUUCAAAUCCGUGUUUAAAUAUACAUUCACUUUUAAAAUAUACCUAAUGGUGAUGAAUUUUUUCCUUUUUAGAAUUUAGUUGACUUAGAACGGAAAACUUAUUUAGAAUAAUAAGACUGAUUUUUAUGACUAAUUCAGAAAUUCCAAAGUAUGAAUUUGCACAGCAGCAUUACUGGCUUAAGGAUCUAGCAAAGGAACUGAAUCUGACGAAAUAAAAGUUUGGUAUUUAUGUUUUAAAAUACUCUUUUAUAGUCACACUCUAAAUAAAGCAAUAUACUAGGUCCCAUAUUUUAGGACUAUAAUUUUUAACUACCAUCACUUACCCGAUCAUUAAAUUUAGCAUUCUGUGCCAUGAUAUCUAUGUGGAAAUUCAAACCAUUUUAAAAUGUGAUAGGUGAACUUCAUGCAAGCUGGCAACAGUUCUGGUACUAAAAAUUGUGGUGGUUUCUUAUGUUUACGUAACCUGCUUAGUAUUGAAUCCCUCUUUCAAGAGGAUCUUCCUGUGAAGACUGCCGUCAUCUUUUACCUUUAAUGGCUGCAAUCUGUGACAUCAGAUUUUUAAAGGGCUUCAUGUGAACUAUGGUAUAAUUUUUCUAACAUUUAAAAAAGGAUAACAAAAUUAUAUGUUUAUGUACUAAUUCUGUUCAGAAAAAUAAGCCAGGAAAAGUUGAUGGUAUUCAUUUGGUUUUAACUGAAUGGAGCUGUUCCUUAUAAUAUCAGUUGUAUAGUAAGGAAAUAACACUAACUUAAUGUGUAUUUGGUUUAAAUGGUUAUCUAUUUUUAAUUGCCAAGAAAAAGAAACAGCUUUGUACAUUUGAAGGUUUUUUUCCAACACCUUUCAUCUUCAAUAUCUUAAUGUGGAACUUAACCUUUACCCAAAAAAAAAAAAAAAAAAA